UUGAAGCCUCGCCGCUGCUACAGAUCGAAUGAAACCCAUGAAACCCUGAUCCAAUGAAACCAAGAAAUGGCGGCGUUGAAAUUAGAUCUGCAACGACGCGACGAUUUGGAAGGGGUCCGAGAUUUGGAAUGGUCGAUUUGGAAUUGGCGGAGGUAGGAGCAAGCUUGUUCUCGCUCUGACGGAGGGAGGAGCGCAAGGGGAGGACGAGCAGCUAGGUCAGGCCGCGGCGGCGGGAAGGGCGAGGAGCGGGAUUGCAGGGUCAUGAUUGGGGAGGGCCAGUGGAUCGAUCU